UAUUAAAUACAAAGAUUUUUCAUAUCUUUUCCACACGACAUAUGCAUAACAACAAUUUUAUCUUUCCAGAUUUAAAACUACAAAACCCAAUCCACCUACAGUUUAUAAUGCACAUCGUACAAGCUGCAAAGGAUUUAUCAAAAUCAUGCAUCAUCUCUAGUCUCUUCUCACUUCUCAGCCUAUAAUAAUCACACAAUCACUCAUCAACUUUUCCCUGCGUGCUUCCACCCAAAUACACAGAUGUUGAAAUUUGUUAUUCUUCACUUUUUCUUCUUCAUCAUCGUUAUUUUUGAAUUUGCAAAUGGGUUUUCAGAUUAUGAUGUUUUAAUGAAGCUCAAAGCUUCAUUAAUAGUGGCAUCAAAUACCUCUGAAAUAUUAGACGACUGGAAAGUCGAAAACUCACAUUGUUCGUUUUCGGGAGUUUCAUGUGAUGAAAACUUUCGUGUAACGUCGUUGACGAUAUCCUACGUUCCUAUGUUCGGAACUAUCCCGCCGGAGAUCGGGAUCCUGAACAAACUGGUCAAUCUGACGCUCGUAUCAGAUAACCUCACUGGUCCAGUUCCGGUGGAAAUGUCUAAUUUGACGUCGAUUAGAUUCUUUAACAUCUCCAGUAAUGCUUUCACUGGCGAGCUUCCGGGAAAGAUUGUGGCGGGAAUGGCGGAGCUGGAGGCUUUCGACGUUUACAACAAUAAUUUCAGCGGGAGGUUGCCGGUGGAGUUUGUGAAGUUGAAGAAUCUUAAAAUUUUGUAUCUCGGAGGUAAUUUCUUCAACGGAGAGAUUCCGGAAGAUUACUCGGAGUUUCAGAGUUUACAGAUUUUAGGUUUGCAACAAAAUGAACUCUCUGGGAAGAUUCCGGCGAGCUUAUCACGUGUGUCGACUCUUGAUCAUCUUCUCACCGGGUAUUCCAACAGUUUUGAAGGAGGGAUUCCGCCAGAGUUUGGUUCUUUCAAAUCACUAAAACUACUAGAUCUCGCAGGUUGUAAUCUCAACGGAGAAAUUCCGGCAAGCCUUGGAAAUUUGAAGAUGUUGCAUACUCUGUUUCUUCAGUUCAACAAUCUCAGGGGAGAAAUACCUCCGGAGCUUUCGGGAAUGGUUAGUUUGAAUUUACUUGAUGUAUCGAACAAUAAUCUAACCGGUGGCAUACCGGAGACGUUCUCGGAACUGAAAAAUCUAACUUUGAUUAAUAUGUUCGGCAACCUUCUCACCGGUCCCCUUCCUCGGUUCAUCGGUGAUCUCCCGAAUCUUGAAGUUCUUCAGAUCUGGGGGAAUAAUUUCACGCUUGAACUCCCGCAGAAUCUCGGCCGUAAUGGUCGGCUAGAUAUGCUCGACGUCACCGGAAACCAACUCACCGGACCAAUUCCGAAAGAUUUGUGCAAAGGAGGCAACUUACGACUUCUGAUUUUAAUGGAUAAUGACUUCUUUGGGGCCUUACCGGAAGAACUUGGUGGCUGCAAGUCUUUAACGAAGAUUCGAAUCAUGAAGAAUUUCAUCAACGGAACUAUUCCCGCCGGCAUCUUCAACUUGCCGGAGCUUACCAUGCUCGAGCUUGACGACAACAAUCUUACCGGCGAACUUCCUAAUAAAAUGUACAGUCAGUCUCUUGAAAGUGUUUCAAUGUCUAACAAUUGGAUCACCGGUAAGAUACCUCCGGCGUUUGGUGAUUUACCGAAUCUAACAACUCUGUCUCUCCAAUCAAAUAAGUUCGUCGGUGUAAUUCCAGAAAAGAUAUUUAAUCUAAAGAAGCUUUAUGAAAUUAACGUCAGCGACAAUAAUCUUAGUGGUGAGAUUCCGGCCUCCAUUGCUACAUGUGUGCAACUUACAUCCAUUGAUUUCAGCAGGAACAACUUCAUUGGUGAAUUUCCGAGAGGAAUUUUAAGUUUGAUCAAUCUGUACAUACUUAAUGUAUCACGAAAUCAACUUAAAGGUGAAAUUCCGACUGAAUUAGGUCACAUGGAGAGCUUGACAGUGUUGGACCUCUCCUACAAUCAAUUCUCCGGCAGAGUCCCAAUCGACGGACAACUAAAGGAUUUCAGUGACACCAUCUUUUCCGGUAACCCUAACCUUUGUUUACCACAAACCGCUCAUUGUCCGAUCAUCUCCACAUCACAAAACAACCCCCCUUCAAUCCCCGCAUCAAAGAUUAUGAUAGUAAUCAUCGUUGUAAUCACAACCUUAUCGUUAUUCAUAUAACAUUCAUCAAAUAUAAAAACAACGCUUAGAUCUAAAAGUUGAAGACGUUCUGGAAUGUUUGAAAAAUGAAAACAUAAUCCGUAAAGGUGGAGCUGGAAUUGUGUACAGUGGAUCAAUGACGAAUAGUGUUGACGUAGCAUCAAAGGGUUAAUCGGUGGGAACCGUAGAUUCGACGCCAAGAUCCAAACGUUGGGAAAACCAGGAACAUUGUCGGAUUGUUUGGAUACGUCUCCAAUCAUGAAAACAAAUUGGUUAUUUACGAGUACAUGUCUCAUGGAAGUUUAGGUGAGAUUUUACACGGAUCGAAAUGAGCACAUUUGCAGUGGGAAACGGGGUAUAAGAUCAUUGUAGAAUCAACGAAGGGACUUUAUCACCUUCACCAUGAUUUCUCUAGGAUGAUCUUACAUCGAGACGUUAAGUCAAACAAUAUACAUUUGGAUUCCGAUUAUGAAGCUCAUGUUGCUGAUUUUGGGCUCGCUAAGUUCGUGACGGAUAAUUAUUAAUGUGCUUCGGAUUGCAUGUCUUCUAUUGCAGGAUCUUAUGGGUACAUUGCACUAGGUAAAAGCUUCUAAUGCAUGUUGCUAAUUACUCCAUAAAAGUAGGUUAUGUGAGAAGAUUGUAGUGAAGAUGAAAGUACUAUCUAUAAUGCGCAUUGUAUGUGUAUAAUGCACAUUUCAUUUUAUAUUUUAAUCUCUCAAUUUUAUAUAGAUUGUUACUUAUAAUCCUUUUAUUUUGUGAAAAUAUUUUCAUCCUUUUAGAAUAUCAUUUUGACCCUCCACUAAUAACAAGAAAUAAUGCCAAUAUGGAUGACACUUUUAGCGUCGCUGGACCUUUUUAGCGACGACAUCGGGCAAACACGCCUUUUUGUCGUCACUAAAGGUCAUUAAUGGUGCAGAAGUUGUUGUCGCUAAUGUCUUUCCACCGGCGAUCCAAGCGUUCCACAAGAAAAUUGGAUUGUGACUGCAUAAUUGUGGAAUGAUCCAUCAGUUAGGGUUUAAUCACAAAAUAAACAAUAGGGACGACGGCAAAUUGCGACACCUUGUCGUCGCUACUGUGGUCGAUCCGCAUGACCAAUCCUGACCCUACAUUUUUUUUGGAUCCAACAAAUUAAAGUGACAGAAAAAGCACAGUUAUUUCCUUCCAAAUGGUCGCCGCUAUUGCCCAGGUGUCACCGCUAAAGGGUUAUCUCUUUUGUUCGGCCUUCUCGUCCUAAACGACAUAUACUGUAACGUUCGUGUUUCUGGGCUUGUCAUUUUUAGCAAUGUAAUAGUCUAGGUUAACCUUUGUAACCCC